AUGGCUCUUCUAGAUUGGCAUAAACCCAUUCACAGAAACAGUGAGAAAGCUAUAUCACAAAUGAGUAUUGUGAUCAGAAAUGGGCAUAACACUAAGUUAAAUGAGGCCAACUGGGUACCAGGGUUACACUGUAGGAAACCUCAGUUGAGAGUGGAAGUGGAUGGGAAUUUAUUCUGUGUUAAGGAUCUGUUGCUUGCAGGUGGAGUGAAGUGGGACAAAACUCUGGUCAGAGUUCUGUUUACUGAGGCUGAUGCUGAGAAAAUCUUACAGAUAAAAUCCUUAAAACCCAGAACAGCAGAUCAAUGGCACUGUUCUUUUUUGUUCAAGGGGAAGCUUUCAGUCUAG